AAGUGGCAGAAAGUUACUGUGAAUAUGUUAAUGAGAUGAUUUGGUCUCACAUCCAAAACGUUGUCAUUUUGUUUAUGUCACAUUAAGGAUAUUAAGUUUAAGGAACACCAGAAGGGACAGGGACUUGUUUGAGGAAAGAAUGAGUUUGUGAUAAUCCCAGCUUCAGUGUGCAUUAUCCUGGAAAGAAAUAUAUCCUGGUGAUGGUUGAUCCGGAUGCUCCCAGUCGUACAACAAGCUCAGGUUACUGGAGGCACUGGUUGGUUGUGGACAUAAAGGAUCAUGCACUCAAGAAGGGAAAAAUUCAAGGAAAAACUCUCACUGAUUACUAUCCACCGACACCGCCUCCAAACACCGGUUUCCACCGCUACCAGUUCAUGUUGUUUAAGCAGCCUCCCGGCACGGUGUCACUCACUGAUCAGGAGCGAUCUCGUGGUGAAUGGGACUUGCUGGCCUUCGCAACAAUGUUUGGUUUGGGAGAACCUGUGGCCGCGGUGCAGUUUUUCAACCAGAAUUACAAAGACUGAAGAUGCCCGUGCAGACGCUGCAGAUAGAUGAAGAAUCUCUCACUAUGGUGAUGCAACACAUUGCUUUCAUUGUAAUGUUUCUGAGCAAUAAACAGCAGCGGUUCUUCAAAGCCUGCACAAUGCUUCUAUCUUAUCGCUGAGUUGGAAAGAGAGAGAGAGAGUUCCUCUUUGUGCUGCAGCAGCUGAUGGCUUUUGAUGUCACCCCGUAUCUUUGCCACGUGAUCCGGAGCGAAGGAUUCAGGAGAUCGAUUUUGACUCUCGCUGGGGAUUUCUUAAUAGUUUCCAAACACCGCUGACAAGAGAAGGAAGACGGCCCGAAUAUCACAACUCAGUGUGGAAAGACUUGAUUCUAAUUCAGGGCCGGAAACACGUCAGGGCCAAAAAAAAGGAAGUGGGAGGUGAAACCGAGACCGCAGCUCAGCCGGAUGCUGCAGUGGAACUUCAACCAAAAUACUCUACAGUGUGACAGGACGGGAGGGGGAGGGGCCAUGGGGCCUGUCAUGUACUGGCUGAGGGGAACUUGCUGUUUGUGUAAUUGUUUAUCAUAUUUCCACUGACCACUCUCACCCCAACUUGGAAACAAUGAGCUACUUUUAGGUUCUCAACUUGAGCAGCUGAAGUGAAAACGGCUCUGUUUUGAUGGUGCCCUUCAGUCUAACUUUGGGACGGUGGACCCAUUCCGAACUUUUAAAAAGAGCUACUUAAGAGCCUCACCUGGCAGGUCUGCAGAGGGAUGGUGAGCGUAAACUUUUCAACCCAUUCAGACUUUGCAGGUCUUUGUAGAGGGGCCGGUCAGAGUACCCCCUGUGGGGUAUAUUGGUUUCUAACUAGCAACUCCCCUCCGGGAAUGCUUUGUAUCAAUACCCCAGAUAUCUGGAAAAAAGGCUGGAUUUACAUGAGUAACUUUGAUGUUCUGAUGAUCAAUCUUCCGUCGGUGGUUUGAUUGACCCCGGUUUGGUGUCUCAUCAGUGGGCUCGGCAGGAGUAGGUAAUGGAGGUUUCUGUUCCUUUGGUGGUUAAGCCAGCCUUGGUAAACCCCUGUGUGCCCUCCCCGUGAACUCUGGGAGAUCAUUGAUCAAUUUGUCCUGUGUUUGCUUUGUUUGCCUCCCAGACUUAGCAGUCAAAGCAUCCGAGUUCACAAACAAAACAACCAAAACAAUGCACAUUAGCACUCAGUCAGAGAGAGAAACCGCUGCAUUUGAACCAGCGUUAGGCAUCCGUCGGUGCGAGUUUUGCUCUUGACCUUGGUUCGCUCAUCUCAUUUGACUUAUGAAAUCACAUUUCUAACAACUGGCAGGAGCAGGAUAAUUCCACACUCAUUGUGAAGCAUGCCAAAUGGGAGAGCAGUCUUCCAAAAACCACCUACUUGAAUCCAUCAUUACAAGAUUGAAAACGCCAAGAUCUGCACUUCCAAAUACACUGUGCAUUUUUUCCCUCUCUCUCUCUCUCUUUAUGUCUUGGAGAUAUCCUGCCAAAACAGCUGGGCUUCACCUCUCGAUUUCCUUAAAUGUGUUUAUUUUUACUCCAAAUGUCAAGAGAGUUGAGAUAUUAUGAUUUAAGAAAAUUGACAGCUGUAGUUUAGUGCUGCACAGUAUAUAGGCUUCUCUGAGAAGGGAAAUAAAAAAAUUGCUUCUCACAUCCCCUGGUGAAACGAGAAAGACAUUUAUUAUUUUCUUAAUGUAUUCAAACUUACCUUAAUUAAAAGAAUUCGUAUAAUCAA